GGCUGCUGGCAGCCCGGAUCCCCAGCCUGGCUCCCGGUCCAGCCCCACUCAGAGGGGAGGCUGGCGAGGCCUCCCUACCUCAGCCUGCAGGCUCGCUUGGAAGUCGGGUGACUGGACGUGGGGAUGGUGGUGGGACCCCUUGACUGCAGCGGCCUCGGCGCCCUUGUUCCUGUGCUCUUGAGGGUCUGGACCGCUGGAGAAAGGGAGGAGAAACGUUAGGACGGUCCCUUUCGCCAGACGUGCUCUUCUGGGAUAGGCUUACACCCUAGGUGUUGUGUCCACCUUGGGGGAAGGACCUUUCAGAAAAAAAGGAACAAAUUCGGCCCUGGGGUGUGAACGACUGAGGUUUUUGCUUGUUUUUAUUUUUGGUCGAAAUGUACUCUGAGGAAAGUAGGACGGACACUUCUCUGCCACCUGCGUGAAAACUUGGCGUGUGGAUGGGUUAAACAGUUAACUGUACUUUGCUUUGCAGAGCCCUUUUUACUGUAAAGGAGAAGAGAUCCGUUAAAAGUGUCAUAAUGUUUUUAGGCACAAAGGACUCAGUAAAAAUGGUACCUCCCCUCUUCAUACACAGGAAGAUCUCCAUUCAGCAAAUGUUUUAUGAGUACUUGCUUUUUGCCAACAUUGUUCUAAGUGCAGGGAACAGAGCCAACAGCUAAGAAAAGAAGAUCUUUGCUUGCAGGGAGCUUAUGUUCUGGUUGUCAAAUAAAUGUAAUUUCCUCUUAUGUUUUUUUUUUACUGGAAUGUAACAUAUGUACCAUAAAAUACUCUACACCAAUCGUAAGUUGUAACUUGCUGAUUAUGGUAAAGAAAAUGCAUCUUUUAGCCACCACUCGAAUCAAGAAGCAGAACAUUCACAGCUUCUUCUGAGAAGACCUCCCUGGAAGACCUCUCCCAAUCACCAUCCUCUCUUUUCUCCGUAAAGAUUUGAAGAAAAAUUAUGGAGAAAUGGCACUUGAUGACAAUUGUGGUCUUAAUAGGACUAACAGUACGGUGGACAGUUUCUCUUAAUUCUUAUUCAGGUGCUGGAAAACCCCCUAUGUUUGGUGAUUAUGAAGCUCAGAGACACUGGCAAGAAAUUACUUUUAAUUUACCCAUCAAACAAUGGUAUUUUAACAGUAGUGAUAACAAUUUACAAUAUUGGGGAUUGGAUUAUCCACCUCUUACAGCCUAUCAUAGUCUUUUAUGUGCAUAUGUGGCAAAGUUUAUAAAUCCAGACUGGAUUGCUCUCCAUACAUCACGUGGAUAUGAAAGUCAGGCACAUAAGCUCUUUAUGCGUACCACAGUGUUAAUUGCUGACUUGCUGAUUUAUAUACCAGCAGUAGUUUUAUACUGUUGUUGUUUAAAAGAAACCUCAACUAAGAAAAAGGUUGCUAAUGCAUUAUGCAUAUUGCUGUAUCCAGGCCUUAUUCUUAUCGACUAUGGACAUUUUCAAUAUAAUUCUGUGAGUCUUGGCUUUGCUUUGUGGGGUGUUCUUGGAGUAUCUUGUGACUGGGACCUGCUAGGCUCGUUGGCAUUUUGCUUAGCUAUAAAUUAUAAACAGAUGGAACUUUACCACUCUUUGCCAUUUUUUUGCUUUUUACUCGGCAAGUGUUUUAAAAAAGGCCUGAAAGGAAAGGGGUUUGUAUUGUUAAUUAAGCUAGCUUGUACAGUUGUAGCUUCCUUCAUUCUCUGCUGGCUGCCAUUCUGUACAGAAAGGGAGCAAACACUGCAAGUUCUAAGAAGACUCUUCCCAGUUGAUCGUGGAUUGUUUGAGGAUAAAGUAGCCAAUAUUUGGUGCAGCUUCAGUAUCUUUCUGAAGAUCAAGGAAAUUUUGCCACACCACUUCCAGAUAAUAAUCAGCUUUUGUUUUACAUUUUUGAGCCUGCUUCCUGCAUGUGUAAAAUUAACACUUCAGCCCUCUUCCAAAGGAUUCAGAUUUACUCUGGUUAGCUGUGCACUAUCAUUCUUUUUAUUUUCUUUCCAAGUACAUGAAAAGUCCAUUCUCUUGGUAUCAUUACCAGUCUGCUUAGUUUUAAGUGAAAUUCCUUUUAUGUCUACCUGGUUUUUACUUGUGUCAACAUUUAGUAUGCUACCUCUUCUACUGAAGGAUGAACUCCUAAUGCCCUUAGUUGUGACAACGAUCGCAUUUUUUAUAGCUUGUGCAACUUCCUUUUCAAUAUUUGAAAAGACUUCUGAAGAAGAACUUCAGUUGAAAUCCUUUUCCCUUUCUGUUAGGAAAUAUCUUCCAUGUUUUACAUUUCUUUCCAGAAUUAUACAAUAUUUGUUUCUUAUCUCAGUCAUCACUAUGGUACUUCUGACACUGAUAACUGUCACACUGGAUCCUCCUCAGAAAUUACCGGACUUAUUUUCUGUAUUGGUUUGUUUUGUAUCCUGCUUACAUUUCCUGUUCUUCUUAGUCUACUUUAACAUUAUAAUCAUGUGGGAUUCCAAAAGUGGAAGAAAUCAGAAGAAAAUCAACUAGGUACAUCUGCAAACAUGCAAAAAUAUUAACAGUGCUUAAAUGGUUUUUGAACUUUUUGCUGUGUAUAAAUAAAAUUAUCAUUUUGAGGAUCAUGGAAUUACAGGAAAAAGAUGGUGAAAAGUCAUUGUUGUCUAUACAAAGUAAAUCUAUAUGGGAUCCAAGCCCAGUGGAGGCUUUUAUUUUCUAACUAUUGAGUGGCCAAGACAUACUGUAGUUUUAUAAUAUUCAGUUAUCCAAGUGGGAAAAUAAGAGAAAAUGCCCUUAAUCCCAGUAUUUACUCAGGAAAUAUACAAUUUGUUGUCUUAAAGAAAAUCUGCAAAUCCAGUGAACUUGGAGAAUUUAACCCUUCUUUUUAAAGGAAAUUACUAAUUUUGGUAUUUAAAUUUCAUUUUCCUUCCUUGGAAUACAAGUAAUGUGUAUUUCAUUCUUUAGAAAUCUAUCUCAGGGUUUAAAUUUGUGACAAUCUUUUAAAUUACUGUGAGAAGGCAAUUUAAACUGCUUGAAGUUUGAACAUGCCUCAUUACAUGGUACAAAUUUGAAUUUCUUUUUAACAGAGAGGUUAAACCAUGUUAUUUUUUCCAAAAUGCCGAUUUACUUAAAUGCAAUUUAACAGUGAAUUUUCUUGAAUUUAAAUCUAAGUGGUUUGAGUGAUGUCUUUUUAAUUACUCGUGAUCACUAGUUCUAAACUUCCAGGAUCAUUCUGUUUAAGUUAAAUGGUCUUAUGCAGGAUUUCAUCCUUCUGAUCUUUUUAUUGUUGUGACGUGGUUCAGGAUAACCACUUCCAUAGCAUUGAUUCAUAUCAUGUUUCAUAUUGACUUGGCUCUGUUAAUAAUGUAUCAUUCUAUAUUAGGAGAAGCUCAUCUUUACUGUCAUAUUCAAUUGGUAAAAAUAAUGUAUCAUAUCGAUGUUAUAGUUUCUUAUGUAAAGAUGUGUUGUCUAGAUGUGUUGUCUUUACUCUCUGUGAUAAGAAUAAAACAAUUAUUUUCACAUCAA